AUGUCUCUCAAUGGGCUAGAGAAUCCCGUCAUCGUCGAAGCCUACCAGAGUGCACUGGCCGACGCCGGCGGAUGGGAUGAGGUUGAUCUCCUUCAUCGAGGUACCGGCGGGGUGCCCGAGGUACGCAAUGCCAUCGACAACUACGAGGAAACGUCACCGCUAUACGGUUUCCUGCAUUACCGGCGGAGGAAGGUGAUUCUGCGGUACAUGCCCGAGGGCUUGUCACGGUUGAUUCAAGCCCGCAGCAAUGUUCAAUUUCAAUCCGUUACCGAUAAGUUCACACCAAACGACACCGUCCUCGUUUUGACCCAGGCGUCGGAUCUCAACGAGAGUUCCUUAUCGUCAGCAUGCCUUCUUCACACUGCUUCUGGCUCCAUCACUUCCUCGUCAAGCUCCCUGCGUCGCCGUCGACUGAUGGAGAUCACCGAGGACGCAGAGGAGAAUGGAUUAAAGGAAGAGACAAAAGAAUACCCAGUGGCGCCUCCAAGGUCCGAGGCCCGUCAAAGAUCGGGCAGUCAGAAAUCAGAGGCUACAGUGGUGCCACCUACGACCACAUCUCCGCCGCCGCCGCCAACAUCUCCCCCUACCAUAUCGCCUGGCCCUGAAACAUCGUCACCCGAUUUACGGCCCCCACCAUCCCGAGCGAGUUCGAGAUCACACUCCCGUGGAAGAAGCCCCAGUGAAACACAAUCGGUGACCACGUCUCCCAGAUCACCCGAUUCUGGUUCGGAAUAUACAAAGUAUCGCAACAUCCUGGAUGAGUUUCCCCGGCCAUCGGAGGAAGCUCGAAUGUCAACCCAGUCCGCAAGACCCUCGCUCAGGGAACUGGAACGGGCAGCGGGCUACUCUCCAAAGGUCAAGUUAGGUCCACGUCCGUCUUGGACGGCCUCGGACUGCGGGGAGUUCACGGAACCCAGAUCAACGGCCCGUGGCAUCCUUACCAUCCAAUAUGCGCUCAUCUUCGAUCCGGAAAUCGAACAACGCCGCCCCCGACCCCCCUCGUCCACGCUCCCAAGGAAGUUCCUUCGCAAGCAGACCCAACAGCCGAGCCCCACCAAUUCCUCCCCUGCUUGUUCCUCCGCCUUCGAUUCCCAUCUCCAGGCCCCAACUAUCCCCGGCGCCAAGUCUUUGGGUGCAUUGUCAACAUCGUCUGGAUUGACGCCCGAAAAGGAACGUUUAAUGAAGGCGCUGCAACAGAGAAAGAAAAACAUGGCGAAGCGGGCAGAGAACAAGAAGAAACAAAAUAUACCAGAAGUAGAAGAGCAGCCCAAAGCGGAGGAACUGGCUGCCAAAACAUACGAGAGCAAUAAAGAGAACGUCAAUCCGGAAUCUCAGCAGGCCGAGCCGGAGAAGCCAAAGGUUGAACAGCAGCCUGUCGCAGAGGAAGUGCCAUCUGCGGAUCGGUCUCUAUCGCUAGCAGCUAAGCCAGGUCUCGAGAGCUCUGUUGAAAACCAAGCAGAACCGCAAUUGCCAGCUGCUGAGCCCGUCCCUGAGCCCGCCUCGGCUCCAGUUCUGCCUGCCACAGAGGAAAAGCCAGCUGUGGACCAGUCUCUACCGCUAGCAGCUAAGCAAAGUCUCGAGGGUCCUGUGGAAACUCAACCAGAACCGCAAUUGCCCGCUGCUGAGCCCGUUCAUGAGCCCGCUUCGGCUCCAGAAUUGCCAGUUCAGGAAGAGGCCCCUAUCAAUCAAGAGGAAUCUCUGCUUUCAGCUCGUGAAAAAAUCAUUGAAGAGGAGGUUCUUAAGCCUGAGGAGUCUACCCAUCCUGAGGAACCUACCAAGCCCGAAGAGCUUACACUGUCUGAAGAGCCUAUCCAGCCUGAGGAGUCUACCCAUCCUGAGGAACCUACCAAGCCCGAAGAGCUUACACUGUCUGAAGAGCCUAUCCAGCCCGAGGAGCCUAUCCAGCCCGAGGAGCCUAUCCAGCCAGAGGAGCCUAUCCAGCCCGAGGAGCCUAUCCAGUCCGAAGCGCUUACCCUGUCCGAAGAGCCUUCCCAAUCCGAAGAACCCGCUGUGGAAACUCCUGCCCCAGAAUCCUCCACUUCUGUGCCCGAGUCAGAUUCCGAGGGCGAACCCUCAUCACAUACUUCGGAGCCUAGUGCCGAUACCACAUUCUCUACUAUGCAUAUUGAUUCGGUUCUUGAAGAUGCCCAAUCCGAGACUCCACAGACGGUCCUUGAUCAUGAAACAGGCGCCGAUCAAGAAGACUCCGCAAUCCUUGGCCAAAAUGAGACUAAGGGUGACCUAGUCCCACCUAGCGUCUCUGCCGAAUCUCCACUUGACAGGGAGUCGGCCGAAGUUUCAGACCCGAAGCCUGAUCCAGGAGCCGCUCCUUUCCAACAACCCCAAGUUUCACUGGCGGCAGAUCAGCAGUUAGAAGAGGCUGAAGCCGUCGAAGCUACCGUACCAGAGGCCACUGAACCAGCUACCCUCCCUGCUAUCUCAUUCUCCACAAGCACGUUCCAAACCCCCGUGGCUGAACCAUUGGAGGCCUCGGUCGCGCCCGUCUCGCUGCCCCCGAAGAGCCCCCCUAGCCCCAAGACGGAGCCGCUCCCUCUAGACCAAAGGCGAAAUAUUCACCUGGAGCCCAUCCACGUCCCAACCCACGAAUUCUCUGACGACGACAAUCUCCUGUCGGACGAUUCUUUCAUGGAAGAGCUUCGAUCGGCCACUGUGCAGGAGGCCAGACCAGUUUCGGUCAAGUCACCCAACGGUGGUGAGAACUCCUGGAGAGGCUCACGCGCUGUAUCCAGCCCUCACGGCCUUGCUUCUCCUUCCGCUCUACACUCACUACAAGUGGGCAGGUCCGCAUCUAGUUCCUAUACUGAGAACGGCCCCCCGACCCCGGUGAUGAUGGCUAAGAAAAUUAACGUAUCUUCCGGCAUUUCGUCUCGUAUCAAGGCCCUGGAGAAGUUCUCUAGCCGUGAAGGCACUCCAGCCGGUUCAACAGUCACUGUGACGGCCCCUUCAGCCUCACCGUCUUUCGAGAACUUGCGCAAGCGUGCAUCGAUCUCUAUCCCUAGUGGCAGCACUCCUGACUUUUCUCGCGCACCAAGCCUGACCCGCCAGGAUUCGCGUUCUGCUUCCACUAGUACUCGCCGCACCAACUCAAUCUCAGUGACGGCUCGUAUAGUCCGCGACUCAGAUGUAUCUCCUGGCUCCUCCGGACUGGAGCCUUCGGAGUCCGAUGUUCUCAAUCUCCAGGCCAGUCCACUGACUGUGGAGCACGAGACCUCGGAGCCCCCUCUAUCUCAAGACACGAGCUCUGAGGCUGCUAUCAAUCGCCCGGAGGACCGCAGCAUGUCGAUGUCAUCUGCUGGGUCCGGCCGACUUGCUACCCCAAAUUCCCGUCCAGGCAGUCGACUUUCCUUGUCUUCGCGCUCUAGGACCGAGGAGAACUUGAACUCUUCCUCUCCUGUUGAUGAAAAGAAGGGCUCUCGCGCCUCGCGCCUCAUGCGUCGUGUUUCCUCCAUCACCUCAAACUCUCGUCGUAGCAUCAUUGGAGCCUUGUCACCGCCAGUGAAGGAGGAAGACAUUGACCCCAUCUCUGUACACGAGUCUGCUAUUUCCCCCUCGCCAUCCCAUGGCCAUCUCUCUGACCCUAUCGAAAUUGGCGAAGUCAACGUGCAAUUCCCCGAUACCCUUCUUUGGAAGCGACGAGUCAUGCGCAUCGACGAGAACGGAUUCCUUGUUCUGGCGCCUGGCACUACUGAUGCCACCGCUCGCAACAUGACCAAGCGAUACCAUUUAAGCGAGUUCCGAACUCCCUGUCUUCCCGACGAGGACAUGCAAGAGCUGCCUAACAGCAUUUUGCUGGACUUUUUGGAUGGCAGCACCCUUCAGUGCGCCUGCGAAUCGCGACAGGGACAAUCGUCUGCACUUCAGAGUAAGUCAAUCUUAAUCCCUACGCCUAAUUCUUUCUACGUUUGCUAA